AUGCCACAAGAGUAUCCAAGAACAUCUCUUACCCGUCAGUGCAUCCGCAUACGACUCGCGAAUAGUGUUACCAAUCGAUCGAAGAACUUUCGAUUGUCGGAGAAAGACUUUGAUGAUUCGGUCCUCGAGAAGAUUUACGAAACUCCCGCCGCCGAGGAAGUCGUCAAAUGGCCUUCAGAACAAUCUCAACAACUUGAAGCGAACUCCUCAGAAAUCCAGUGUGUCAUGAAAUUAGAAAACCUACCUGACAAAGUGUUCUCUGAAAAUGAGCUUGGAAAGACUAGCAUUCAAGAUCUCCUUGACUUUCAGAAGGAAGACAAUGGAAGUGCUCAAGACAUCAUCCAGCUGUAUCUAGCGUGUAGACCUGUUGAUGAAAAGGAUGAUAACAACAACGAGAAUGAUGAGAACUCUCACCACUCACCCACAAUUACUCAUCCAAAGGUUCUUGAUGAAAAAGAACUGGGAAAUCGGUCGAGUUGGACGAUGAGUCCACCUUUAACCUCCCCGAGUAUCCUGAAGUGUCCAUCUUCUUCUUUGUCUUCUAGUAAAAGGGUCUCGUUUGGAGCAACGAUUCCAGCACAUUUGCAAGCCCCCAGCUUUGGCAAGAGCGAGAUGGGACCAGCAGUGAGUGAAUAA